GCUGCAUCUCCUGGAUCUCCUAUUUGUUACCACUUAUUCCUCUUCUUCUCCUCGGAGUAAUAACACUCGCUUCAUCGUUGCUCAACCCUAGACGCUCUUUACCUGCACGCACAACCCUGCCCUAAUAUCAUCACCAAACAACACCACACGUACAACGACGAUAUGUCUGCCUUCACCCUCUUCAUCGCUGCUUUGCCCCUCCUCGCAACCCUCGGCCGUGCCACUUCUCUGCCCGCAUGGGAAGGGUGUCUUUCCAUCGACACCCCGCCGUCUGAUGCUACUCCAAUCCCAGCUGUCUCAGCUGUCAACUGUGCCACACAAUGCUGGAAUCACAUCGAUAACUCACACUACGCAUACUGGGACCGGUCGGCUGAGGAUCAAUGCCUCUGCUCGGCUUCCGGACCGAACAUGAAGAACUUCGAGAUGAUCAACGCCGACCAGGCGUUUGGUACUUGUGCAGAGGGCAUUGCAGUGUAUGCUCGACCUGUCGCAACCUUCAAGGCACACAAUGAGAAGAAGAGGGAAGACAAGAUGGACAGGUUGAGGAAGGCCAGGGCGACCGUCGAGAGCCUCUGUCCCGAGCCUUUGCUGGCUUGCGCGGUAGCUGGCGACUCGUCUUCCUACGAGUGCGUCGACCCCAACUUUGACCUUAACUCUUGUGGCGGCUGUAUCAACGGCGCUUUCAGCUCUAGCAAGCGAUCUUCUUCUGCCGUCGACUGUUCCACCCUCACUGGCGUCACCUCCAACGCCUGUGUUUGGGGGCAGUGCAAGGCCUUCAGGUGCGAGAGCGGCUAUACUCUCAAGUCUGGCUCUUGUGUGAAGAACUAGUUUGAGCGAAGGAAAGUUUUCUUGAGGAUAUUCUUGCGGCAUCAUUUUAUUACACGGGCUUGUCAACGGACUUUAUAAAUAUCAUCUCAUCACUUUUUGUUUUGAUCCUACAUCGUUUUCAUGUUUUGCAUUAUUUUAUGUACACCUUACUGAACAUCGUGAUAUCUCCACCGCGCUCUACGCCGU